AGGAAGACAAUAGCGAAGCAAACAGGCUUGAUUAAUUUCCUAAGAGGAGGAGGAGGAGGAGGAAGGCUGGAUCGUGGCCAAUCGCGAGAGAAAGGAAGACGGGCAGCAGUGGGGGUAAAUGCCCUUUCUGCUUACGGCGUUCACAGCCCUCCAGUCUCAAAACCAGCUGUGGGAACCCUUUCUGGGUCUGUGGGCCAGAUCCUUACUGGACCCUCUCCUCAGGAUCCAACUUUGACAUGUGGGAGAAGCGCUUUGAGUGCUGGUCUGGUGACCUUUGAGGAGCAGGAGGAGGAGGCAGCAGCUGUGCAUUUCACGGAGGAGGAGUGGAUCUCCUGGAUCCGGGCCAAAGCGCUCCGCACAGGGAAGCCAUGGAGGAGAAUUAUGAGAUUGGAGCCUCUUUCAAAUCGGAGCUCAAUUCCUGUUUGGAAGACGGAGAGGAUCUUCUUAUUCAGGUUCCCAAAGAGGAGGAGACCUCAGCAGAACGAGACCUCGCUUCCUGUAAGGAAGAAGGAGAAAGUUUGUUUAUCCAGGUCCCCAAAGAAGAGGAGGAGGAGACCUCAGCAGAGCUAGGCCUCAUUUCCUGUUGGGAAAGAGGAGAAGAAGAAGAUCCACUUAUCCAGGGUCUCAAAGAAGAGGAGGCGGAGACAUCAGCAGAACCAGACCUCAUUUCCUGUUGGGAAGAAGGAGAAGAUCCGGUGAUGCAGGAACCCAAAGAAGAGGAGGAGACCUCAGCAGGACACAUGUGGGGGGUCAAGGCUGAGGGAGAACCAUCUGAAGUAUCACUGGGAAAAGCUGAGGAGCAGAUGCAGGAGCAGAAACUGAGGAGUCAAGAUGGAGCAAAGAGACAAGAGGAGCGACAGACGCACACAGGGGACAAACCUCAUUCAUGCUUGGAGUGUGGAAAGAGCUUUAGUGACAAUAGCAACUUUAUGUCGCAUCAAAGAAUUCACACAUGGGAAGAACCUCAUACAUGCUUGGAGUGUGGAAAGAGCUUCAGUCAGAGUGGCCAACUUACUUCGCAUCAAAGAUGUCACACCGGGGAUAAACCUUAUAAAUGCUUGGAGUGUGGAAAGAGCUUCAGGUGGAGUAGCACCCUUACUUCGCAUCAAAGAACCCACACAGGGGACAAACCUUAUAAAUGCUUGGAGUGUGGAAAGACCUUCAGUCAGAGUGGCCAACUUACUUCGCAUCAAAAAUGUCACACUGGAGAUAAACCUUAUAAAUGCUUGGAGUGUGGCAAGAGCUUCAGGUGGAGUAGCAACCUUACUUCGCAUCAAAGAACUCACACAGGGGACAAACCUUAUCAAUGCGUGGAGUGUGGAAAAAGCUUCAGUGAGAGAUGUGCCCUUAUGGUGCAUCAAAGAACCCACACAGGGGACAAACCUUAUAAAUGUGUGGAGUGUGGAAAGAGCUUCAGUCGGAGUGACCACCUUACUUCGCAUCACAGAACUCACACAGGGGACAAACCUUAUAAAUGCUUGGAGUGUGGAAAGAGCUUCAGUCGGAGUGACAGCCUUACUUCGCAUCAAAGAUGUCACACUGGCGACAAACCUUAUAAAUGCUUGGAGUGUGGAAAGAGCUUCAGGUGGAGUAGCCACCUUACUUCGCAUCAAAGAACUCACACAGGAGACAAACGUUAUAAAUGCUUGGAGUGUGGAAAGACCUUCAGUCAGAGUGGCCACCUUACUUUGCAUCAAAGAUGUCACACCGGGGAUAAACCUUAUAAAUGCUUGGAGUGUGGAAAGAGCUUCAGGUGGAGUAGCAACCUUACUUCGCAUCAAAGAACUCACACAGGGGACAAACCUUAUCAAUGCGUGGAGUGUGGAAAAAGCUUCAGUGAGAGAUGCGCCCUUAUGGUGCAUCAAAGAACUCACACAGGGGACAAACCUUAUCAAUGCGUGGAGUGUGGAAAAAGCUUCAGUCAGAGUGGCCAACUUACUUCGCAUCAAAGAUGUCACACUGGCGACAAACCUUAUAAAUGCUUGGAGUGUGGCAAGAGCUUCAGUCGGAGUGACCAACUUACUUCGCAUCAAAGAUGUCACACUGGCGACAAACCUUAUAAAUGCUUGGAGUGUGGAAAGGGCUUCAGUAACAAUAGGAAUGUUACUUUGCAUCAAAGAAUUCACACAGGGGACAAAUCUUAUAAAUGCUUGGAGUGUGGAAAGGGCUUCAGUCGGAGUUACCACCUUACAGUGCAUCAAAGAACUCACACAGGUGACAAACCUCAUAAAUGCUUGGAGUGUGGAAAGACCUUCAGUCAGAGUAGCCACCUUACUUGUCAUCAAAGAACUCACAUCGGCGAUAAACCUUAUAAAUGCUUGGAGUGUGGAAAGGGCUUCAGUAACAAUAGGAAUGUUACUUUGCAUCAAAGAAUUCACACAGGGGACAAACCUUAUAAAUGCUUGGAGUGUGGCAAGAGCUUUAAUUACAGUAGCACCCUUACUUCUCAUCAAAAAUGUCACACCGGGGACAAACCUUAUAAAUGCUUGGAGUGUGGAAAGAGCUUCAGGUGGAGUAGCAGCCUUACUUCACAUCAAAGAACUCACAGAGGGAACAAACCUCAUAAAUGCUUGGAGUGUGGAAAGAGCUUCAGGUGGAGUAGCAACCUUAUGGUGCAUCAAAGAACUCACACAGGUGACAAACCUUAUAAAUGCUUGGAGUGUGGAAAGAACUUCAGUUACAGUAGCACCCUUACUUCUCAUCAAAAAUGUCACACAGGGGACAAACCUUAUAAAUGCUUGGAGUGUGGAAAGAACUUCAGUCAGAGUAGCCACCUUACUUCUCAUCAAAGAACUCACACUGGUGACAAACCUCAUAAAUGCUUGGAGUGUGGAAAGACCUUCAGUCAGAGUGGCCAACUUACUUCGCAUCAAAGAUGUCACACCGGGGAUAAACCUUAUAAAUGCUUGGAGUGUGGAAAGAGCUUCAGGUGGAGUAGCAACCUUACUUUGCAUCAAAGAACUCACACAGGUGACAAACCUUAUAAAUGCUUGGAGUGUGGAAAGAACUUCAGUCAGAGUAGCCACCUUACUUCUCAUCAAAGAACUCACACAGGUGACAAACCUCAUAAAUGCUUGGAGUGUGGAAAGACCUUCAGUCAGAGUAGCCACCUUACUUCUCAUCAAAGAACUCACACUGGCGACAAACCUUAUAAAUGCUUGGAGUGUGGAAAGAGCUUCAGUAACAAUAGGAAUGUUACUUUGCAUCAAAGAAUUCACACGGGACAAACCUUAUAAAUGCUUGGAGUGUGGAAAGAGCUUCAGUGACAGUAGCACCCUUACUUCACAUCAAAGAACUCACAGAGGGAACAAACCUUAUAAAUGCUUGGAGUUGUCAUGGCCCCGUCAGAGGACUCCUCAGAUGAGGACGACUUGGGAGUAACAGCAGCAGACCCAGAAGCAGCAGACCCAGAAGGAGACACGGAGGAGACUCCUGAGAAUCCAGCUCCUUCUCCCCCUCAGCUGCAGAGCACCCCAGAUACAGCAAAGGCCCUGCAGCCAGACGCAGACAGUGAACAGGAUUCUCCUCCCUCACCUGCAGAACGUAGACAGCAGAAGGUGAGGCAGAAGAGAGGCAGGCCUGUCCCCUUAAGGCCAAAACGCUGAGGGCUCACACCUGCUGUCAAACCUGCUUCUUAUGAGGCACACCUUCACGUCGGCUUGUUGCUGACUGCAGUGUCAGGCGUGGCUUCGUGUAUUCCUAGUUUCCUUGCAACCUCUUUUGGACUGACCCCUUGGCACUUGAUCCCGGACCUCUACUGACCUCGCUUCUGGAGUCCUGACUCGGCAAGUACGCUUCGGACAGGCCUGGCCCUUAUCAGCUUCCCUCCUCCUAGACCUGGCAGAUUUACGGCCAGACUGCCGGCUAAGGGCUUUGCUUACCUGCCAACCACCCAGGAAUUUCCAGCCCCCACCAGCACUGCUGACGCAGUGUAGAGCUGACAGGAGUGUGGAAAAAGCUUCAGUCAAAGUAGCCAUCUUAUGGUGCAUCAAAGAACUCACACAGGACAAACCUUAUCAGUGCUUGGAGUGUGGAAAGAGCUUCUUUUAGAAUAGCAAUCUUACUUCGCAUCACAAAACUCACACUGGGGACAAACCUUAUCAAUGCUUCGAGUGUGGAAAAAGCUUCAGAUGGAGUAGCGCCCUUACUUCGCAUCAAAGAAUUCACACAGGGGACAAACCUCAUAAAUGCUUGGAGUGUGGAAAGCGCUUCAGUGAGCGAUGUGCCCUUACUUUGCAUCACAGAACUCAUACAGGGGACACACGUUAUCAAUGUUUGGAGUGUGGAAAGAGCUUUUGUCAGAGUGGCCAGCUUGCUUCGCAUCACAAAACUCACACCGGGGACAAACAAUUCUAACACAGGCUGGGAAAGGUCUCAACCUGAAAGGCUUGUUGAAAGAGGAAAGUCUUCAAAAGGCAUCAAAAAGAUAGCAGAGAUGGCGCCUGUCUAAUAUUUAAGCGGAGGGAAUUCCACAGGGUAGGUGCCGCUACACUAAACGUCCAUUUCCUAUAUUGUGCAGAACAAACCACCUCGGCCUCCAUUGCGUCUGCUGGGAGCUGUCCAGCGGAACUGUUUCGAGUGGUUAGGGGGCUUUUAAGUUCCAGCCCCCGUGAGGGUAAUUCUGACCACUCAGCAGACCGCUGUCAAGAAUUUGCACGGCACUUUGCGGACAAAGUCGCUCAGAUUCGCUGUGACUUGGACGCUAAAAUGGAUACAGUCUCUGAGGAUGUAACUUCGGCGUCUGUUUGUCCAAUUAAAAUGGAUUCUUUUCAACUUGUUUUGCCUGAGGAUGUGGACAAGAUCCUUGGUGUGUACUGGACCCUUGCCCUUCCUGGCUCAUUAGAAGUACCAGAGGGGGACUGGUCGAUUGGGUCAGGGGAGUAGUUAAUGCCUCUCUACAACAAGGCAGAAUUCCAUCAUGCUUAAAGGAGGCAGUUAUAAGACCACUGCUGAAAAAGCCCUCCCUGGAUCCCUCUUUACUAGGUAACUACCGGCCAGUCUCCAAUAUUCCAUUUUUAAGCAAGAUAAUAGAGCGUGUGGUGGUCGCCCAACUCCAGAGAUUCCUGGAUGAUACGGAUUAUCUGGAUCCAUUUCAAUCUGGUUUCAGGCCUGGCUAUGGGACAGAGACGGCUUUGGUCGCCUUGGUGGAUGACCUACGCUGAGAACUGGACAGGGGGAGUGUGUCUCUGCUGGUUCUUCUGGACCUCUCAGCGGCUUUCGAUACGAUCGAUCAUGGUAUCCUUCUGGGCCGCCUUGCCGAGAUGGGACUUGGGGGCACAGUGUUACAGUGGCUCCAGUCCUUCCUGGAGGACCGAACCCAGAAGUGGUACUGGGGGACUCCUGCUCGACCCCCUGGUCAUUGACCUAUGGGGUGCCUGCAGGGUUCCGUUUUGUCCCCCAUGUUAUUUAACAUCUAUAUGACACCGCUGGGAAAGGUUGUCCGGGGUUUGGGGGUUCGGUGCCAUCAGUAUGCUGAUGACACUCAACUCUAUUUCUCUCUUCCACCUGAAGCCAAGGAAGCCGUACAGACCCUAAACCAGUGUCUGGCAUCAGUGAUGGACUGGAUGAGGGCAAACAAGUUGAGAUUAAAUCCUGACAAAACAGAGGUACUCCUGGUCAGUCGGAGGGCAGAUCAGGGAAUAGGGAUUCAACCGGUGCUGGA